UGUGGUUGGUCACCAGUCGAGUCAAUCAAACAUUAACUUCCGGUCGUGAAAUCUGUUGCAAAACAGUCUUAGGUUGUAACUUUGGACAGUCGAAAAGAAAACCUGGAUAACGCAGCUUCAGAAAAAUGAUGCUAUCAGAGGUCCUGCAGGUGCUGCGUGGGGCAGGUAAAGUGGGCUCAGCCCUGGUUUGCACCCAGGGAGAACAGCUCCGAUUAAUGGCCUGCAACUCCACCAUGGGGGCCGGGGUCAAAGUCGCUCAGGAUGCGGUGGAGGGACUGGUGAGCAACUUCAGUGGCGGCAGCAGUGCGUCACCAAAGGAGGAUGUCUUCCCGGACGCGGAGGGGUGGGAGAACGUGGACCCCGAUGAAGCAGCCAAAUGGGCCACAGGGUCUGAAUUUCCCUCUGAGCAAAGCCAGACGGAGGCUGGAGCUGCAGGAGUCCCCCCGUCGCCGGGGACGGGCUGGCCGGGACAGAGCGCUCGCUUCCUCCACACGACCCCCGGCUUCCAGCGGUACUUCUACCAGACCAGGUCCCUCCAUGAUGCGGUGGUGGCGAGACUGAGCCCAGACGACAUCAAGAAAGCUAGAGAGGCCAAGAAGGCCCUGGUCAAACCCGUCAGACAGAAGCUGAGUGACCGGGCCAAAGAGAGAAAGGUUCCCGCCACAAGAAUCAGCAGGCUGGUUAAUUUUGGGGGACUGGCGGUGGGCCUCGGGAUUGGUGCUAUCGCGGAAGUGGCUAAACAGUCGUUGGGAGGAAAACCAAAAGGAGAGGACAGCGCGCUGUUAGACUCCCCUCUCCUGUCGGAGGCCAACGCCGAGAGAAUAGUCAACACGCUGUGCAAAGUCCGCGGGGCCGCGCUCAAGAUCGGACAGAUGUUCAGCAUACAAGACAACGCCUUCAUCAACCCCCAGCUGCAGAAGAUCUUUGAGCGGGUCCGGCAGAGCGCGGACUUCAUGCCGGCCUGGCAGAUGAACAAAGUUCUGGAGGAGGAACUCGGUCCCGGCUGGAGGGAGAAGCUCUCGUCCUUCGAAGACCGACCCUUUGCCGCGGCGUCCAUCGGCCAGGUGCAUCACGGGGUGUUAAAAGACGGGAGGGAGGUCGCCAUGAAGAUCCAGUACCCCGGAGUGGCGGACAGCAUCAGCAGCGACAUAGACAACCUGAUGACGGUGCUGAAGAUGAGCGUGGCCCUACCGGGAGGCCUGUUUGCAGACAGCAGCUUGGAGGUUCUUCAGAGGGAGCUGGCAUGGGAGUGCGACUACAAGAGGGAGGCCGAGUCCGCCAAGAGGUUCAGGUCCAUGCUGGAGGGAAAUGAGCUCUUCCAGAUCCCCGAGGUGAUUGAUGAGCUGUCGGGCAGCAGGGUGCUGGCCAUGGAUCUGAUACAAGGAGUCCCACUGGACCGCUGCGUAGACCUGGACCAGGAGACCAGGAACCAGAUCUGUUACAGAAUCCUCCAGCUGUGCCUCAGGGAAGUGUUUGAGUUCAGGUUCAUGCAGACGGAUCCCAACUGGUCCAACUUCUUCUACAACUCAGACACGGACAAGGUGGUCCUGCUGGACUUCGGAGCGUGCAGAGGCUACCCGGAGAAGUUCACCGACGACUACAUAGAGGUGGUGCACGCGGCCUCCGUGGGCGAUCGAGCCACCGUUCUUUCCAAAUCAAAGGAUCUGAAAUUCCUGACAGGUUUCGAGGCCAAGGCCUUCGAGGAGGCCCACGUGGAGGCGGUGAUGAUCCUCGGCGAAGCCUUCGCCUCCGUGGAGCCUUUCGACUUCGGCACGCAGAGCACCACCCAGCGCGUCCAGAGCCUCCUCCCCGUCAUGCUGCGCCACCGCCUCACCCCCCCGCCCGAGGAGUCGUACUCCCUCCACCGCAAGAUGGCCGGCUCCUUCCUCAUCUGCUCCAAGCUGAAGGCGCGCAUACCGUGCAAGGACAUGUUCAUGGACGUGUACGACGCCUACAACCAGCGGCGGCAGGAGGAGCAGGCCGCUCGGGCCAGUGCUUAGACCGGGGGGGGUGUGGGUAGGGGGGAAGGGGGGAGAUCAGACUGAGACUUCAUCAGUUAUAUUACUGGCAACUUGCUCCAAAGAAGAUCGCUCCGGGCUGUUUGUCAUCGUCUCCUUCGUGUACGACAUCACUGACCUCGGCGUGAGGUCAUAGGGCGUCGCUCGGCGUGAGGUCAUUGCCUUGACUUCAGUCCAGUGACUCAGACGGGGAAACGUGAUACUGUGAAAGUGAAAUGGGCCCUGGAAAUAUAUGCUGAUGGUUAUAUUACCGAUUUUAAAUAUGACACAAAUCAAAGAUGGGAUUAUUUAAAUCAUUUGGCGUGAGUGUUUGUGUGCGUGUUUGAUUUUAAUGCCCCAAUGGUCACAUUUCAGCUCUAAAUGUUACGGCUCUGUGUGCAGUUGCUCUAAAGGCAGGAGAGAUAUUUAGUGGGUAAAGUUUAUUAAUACUCACAGUUGACAGAAGAAACGUGUAUCUUUAAGUGCUCUUUCCUUUUGUCUUAGCAGGUUCUCCUACAUGUGAAGCAUGAUAGAAACACAGCAACUAGUUAUUGGCAUAAAACUCAAUCAAUUUCUUCUUCGGCUCAUUUUCAUGCCGUCUUUACGAUAAGUGCUGUAACCUCCAUUGCAAUUUGAAUGGAAUAAAAAAAGCCUUUCCCAUGUG